AUGGCGUACGAGGACGGCAGCGACGUGAUCUCGUGCUCGGCAGGCGACGACUCGGGAUGGGCGGGCGAUGCGGCAGCGGUGAUGGCGUCGCGUAUCGUCAAAGCCGGCGUGCCGGUCGUGGUGGCACUGGGCAACUCGGGCGAGCUCGGACUCUGGCAGGCGGCCAGCCCUGCGAGCGGCGAGGGCGUGACGGCGGCCGGGUCCGUGGACAGCCCGCUGCUGCCCACGCUGGUCAACGCAGCCACAUACAGCAUCGGCAACGGCACCGCUGGCACGCUCGCGUGGCAAGACGGCGUGCCCCAGUUUGCCAACGUCACGCUGCCGGUGGUGGUCCUCAACAGCAACAACCUCAGCCGGACCGAUGCGGCCUGCGAUCCGCUGCCCGAUGACACGCCCGACCUCUCAAAGUCGCUUGUGAUGCUGGGGCUGUCGACCACCUGCUCGUCGAGCCAGCAGGUUAAAAACCUCGUGGCUGUAGGGGUGCGGAACGUUAUAUUUUACGUCCUGACGGGCAGCAGUGGCUUCAACAGCCUCAGGAUCACCUUCAACCAGGAUGUUGGCCUUUCUGGCGUGGGCAUCACCACCCUCGACCAGGCCCAGACCUUGGCCGACGCCCAGAAUCAGAAUCAAAAGGUGACGGUGGCUAUUACCAGCACCGCCUACGCUGAGCCCGCCGCCAUCAACUAUCCCAACACGCUUUCGGGCGGCCACGUCAGCACCUUUAGCAGCUGGGGCCCAACAUGGGAGACGCUGCUCAAGCCGCAGAUCGCCGCGCCAGGCGGCAACAUCCUUUCGACGUACAUUAACGGCGCCUACGCCGUCAUGAGCGGCACGUCUAUGGCCACCCCUCUGUCCGCGGCUAUUCUCGCGCUCGUUAUACAGGCGCGCGGCACGCGCGACCCGGCCACACUCAACAGUGCCGUGACCGCCACAGCGCAGCGGAUCACGUGGUAUGACGGCACGACGGUGGAUGACACGCGCCUGGCUCCGGCAGCGCAGCAAGGCGGCGGCCUGGUGCAGGCGUACGCCGCAGCCCGGACCCCGGCGCUGCUCAGCGUGACCAGCCUGUCGUUCAACGACAGCGAUCACUUUCCAGGGCCGCAGACGUUUCGCGUGAGCCACGUCGGCCCCUCGACGGGCAGCCUCGACCUUGUGCUCGGUCACGUGCCCGCCAUCACCAUGUAUAGCCUCCAGGACAAUGGCGAUGGCACCACCAAGCGGGCCCGCUUCCCCAACCCGAUCGUCGACGAUGCCGCCGCCGCGCUGGCGUUCAAUGUCCCGGGUGGCACUGUGAAGGUGCCGCCUGGCGGCAGUGUCGAGAUCACCGUGGCGCUGACGCCGCCCCCUGGACUCAACGCCUCGCUGCUGCCCGUCUACUCGGGCUACAUCACCCUGGAGGGCGCCGCGGUCAACCUGUCACUGCCCUACGUAGGCAUCGCCGGCAGCUUCGCCGCGACGCCGGCCGUGCAGGCCGGCUACGCGGCUGGCUGCUACCUCUCGACCACCGACGGCCAUUUUGACAUUCCGGCGGCCAGCAACCAGACGUUUACCAUUCCGCGGCCGGGCAGCAACAGCACGUCGUCCACGAUGCCCAUCUACCCCCGGAUCAUCGCCCGGCCAACCAUGGGCACGUCGCUGAUGCGCUUGGACCUGGUGUCCGCGUCAGGCAACAGCAGCAUUCCAACAUCAAACUUUAUGGGCGUGUCCAGCCUCGGCCUGCUGCAUGAGAUGCCGGUGAAGUUCGUGGCCGGCGUGGGCUUUAGCAUCUACUUUGACGGCACCCUGGACGAUGGCACGGUGGUGCCCGCAGGUGCAUACAAAGUGGUCGUGAGCGCGGUCAAGAUCUUUGGCGACAAGAACAAGAAGAAGGACUGGACCAUGGUCGAGACGGCUCCGUUUGUCAUUGCGUACAAGUAG